UGCAUAUAUCCCUUACAUGUGACUCACUUGGCACGAGUUUUAUACCAAAUCACACACGGGGCAGUCCAAGAGCUGGACGUGGAUGAGCCCCAAUAACCAGCAGAGGUUCAAAGGCUCCCGUGAUGGAGGUGGACGCUCUACAGGUCGCACACCAGCUGGAUGUACACAGCAAUCUUCUGCCCGUGGAGGUAGUAGGCCAUAUGUUCGUAAUGGCCAACCGACCCGUAUCACUUGUUUUAGAUGUGGAGGUCCCAAUCACAAAGCAGACACUUGUUGUGCCACAGAUGAAGAGGCUGAACAAUAUCAAGCCUUCCUUGUUCAAACUGGAGAUACCACAGACGAAACUUGGUUUCCCGACACAGGAGCAAAUAAUCACAUGACUCCCACCACUACUGAUGCUCAAGGACCUGAAGACGAAAUAUGUGUUGUUUAAAGGCCUUGUUGAAGAUGGGCUAUAUCCAUUACGUCUCAACUCCACUCAUUUUCCUGUUACGUUUCCAGCAACUAAGGUCUCAGGCACUUUGUGGCAUACU